AUGUUCGCAUAUUAUCGAACAUCUUCUUAUAAUACUUACAUUCAACGUAUACUCCAAGGAUCUAUAUCCAACUCGGAUUCAUCAGAUCUAAUCCUAGUUAAGGGUAACUCAUUGGAAUGGAUGUCAAUAGAUCAUGUUAACGAUUCAAAUUUAAAUAUACUUACAAGCCAAUUACAACAAUCAGUUUUUGGUACAAUCACUGAUGCAAAUAUAUUGCACUGUCAUUUUCACAAUAACGAUGAUGAUGAACACAAUACUUUUAAUUUUAUGGAUAAGGAAACAGAAGUAUUUGAGGAAGUCAAAUAUACCAAAAAAACGAGACAUCAUUCUCCAAUUAAAGGAGAAGAUAUCAUUGUUACACUUUCCGAGUAUGGAAAACUUAUCUUUAUGUCAAUUCAUCAUAAUAAACUAUUAGACAUAAAAAGAUUCGAGACUUUAGCUGAGGUUCAUUUGAAUAGCCCUGGUUUAGAAUAUACUAAGAUAGAUAAAAAGCUAGCAAUUGAUCCAUAG